GUAGAUUACAUUUCAAGGCCAUCUGCAAAAUACUAUAUAAGAUUACUGCUCCCGCCACGAGGGAAUCUUGUUAGAGUUAUCCAGAAGGCAGGGACCGAUCUGAAUUAGCGAUAAUUAUGGCGAAUGAUUACUUAAUAUCAAAAUGGAGAAUGUGGUUCAAGUGUCUUGAUGUAAAACAUGGUGGUAAAAUAGCACGAACGGACGAGGAUGAGAUCGAUGCCAAAUUCGCCCACUUACACCACCUCGAAGCGGAGAAGAAAAAAGACACAAUGAAGCAGUUAGAUACCUGGUGGGAUGAAUACAUCUUCCGUCAGAGACCAGGCCCAAUAUCAGAACAAGAUUUCGUCGAUAUGCAGAAUGAUGACUUCAAGGCUGACAAGGAAAAGUUUAAACAAAGAAUGGUUACUUGUAUGAAGAUUAUUUUUGAUAUUCUUAAUAUAAGCCAUGAGGGUUCAAUGACGGAACAGGAAUUUGUAAUUGCCUAUCGGUCUGCUGGUCAUGAAAAUAUUAAACUCGAUACUGAUUUCUUCAAUGCUUACGAGCCCGUAAAUGGAAAAGUUUCCGUCCAGAAAAUGUGCGACUCAUGGGUCCAGUUCACAACUUGUGAAGAUUCUUCAGUGAAAGAUAUUGUCAAGGAUGCGUUCGAAGCUGGUUUGUAACCUAGGUUAUAUACUUGUUAUUCAGCUAACCCGUUAAUGAUUUUAGUUACGUUGAUAAACAGACUAUGUUAUGACGUUUGCUCAUCUUGGAGAACAUAUGACUUAGUUGCGAACUAGAAACGUCCAGAUAAAACUUUGAAUGAAUACUCUGGUGGCAAUUCAUUGAUUGCAUUUUCAUCGUAAUCAUGUGGUAAUGGAAACAAAUUAAAAUGCUAAUUAUCUUUAUAUUUUGAAGCAUGUUGUCUCAUUUGAAUUCAUGUACAUUUCCAUUUGUAUUGAAUGUGUAUGUAUGACCUACUUUAGAUUAAGCUGAAUAAAUAAAAAUCAAGAUGCAACGAAA